AUGGAACGGACGUCGAGCACGUGGAGAAGNGCGCGAAGGCAGCUCUACCUCCGUCGACGGCAGUACUUUGCCUUUGAGCGUGACGCCGAUGAGCUGGCGCUCUGGGCAAAGGACCAGCUGAUUGUGGCCAACUCGGAGGACUAUGGAACGGACGUCGAGCACGUGGAGAAACUGAUUCAGCAGUUUGACACCUUUGCCGCAAACGUCAACGCCAACGAGGAGCGCUUCACGGCGCUGGAGGCGGAGGCGAAGAAGGGCGUCGAGGGCUGCGAGGAGAAGCUGGCGCAGGUGGCCGCGUUGUGGGCGGAGCUGCGCGAGGCGACCGCCGCCCGGCAGGAGGCGCUGCAGGGCGCAAAGAAGGUGCACACCUUCUACCAGAGCGCCGACGAGACCAUUUGCUGGAUCCGCGAGAAGGAGUCGAGCACGGUGCUCGACGAGGUGAACGUCAACCUCGAUGACCUGAGCACCAUUCAGGCGAAGAUCCGCCAACUGGAGGGCUUUGACCGCGACCUGGACGCCGUCAAGGAGCAGGUGGAGGCGCUCUUUGUGGAGGCGGACCGCCUGGCGGCCCUCUUUCCCGACAUUAGCGAGAAUAUUGAAGAGCGGAAGAACAAUGUGCGGGCGGUGUGGAGCGGCCUGUCCGCCGGCAGCGUCCGCCACCGGGAGAACCUGCUGCAGAUUGAGGCCAUUCAGUCGUACUUUGACGAGUUCCGCCUGCUGCUCACCUGGAUCAAGGAGAUGAUGGCGCUGAUUACGGCGGAGGAGAGGCUAGGAGGGGAUCCGGUGGCCGCCGAGGAGCAGCUGCACCGCCACCGAGAGUACAAGGCGGAAAUUGACAGCAGGGCGGACCUUUUCACCGCUUUCCUCGCCAGCGGAGAGCACAUCAUCGCCGGGGGCCACUUUAUGGCGGCGGACAUUGGCGAGCGGAACGGGAGGGUGAGGACGCUGCACGCCAACCUCCUCGACACCUGGCGACGGCGGCUGACGCUGUACGAGUACAAUCUGGACGCGAGGCAGUUUAUCCAGGACUCGGAGCAGGUGGAGAAGUGGAUCGACGAGCACCUGCCGCUCAUCACCGACGACGGCCAGGGCCUGGGCGAGUCGCUGGCCGAGGUGGAGACGCUGCUGCAGAAGCACGACGAGUUUGAGAAGACCAUCGAGUCGCAGGCGGACAAGCUGAAGGCCAUCGAGCGGGUGACGCUCAUUGAGGGCUACUUUGAGGAGUUGAAGGCAGCAGAGGAGGCGAACCGAGUGGCAGAGGCCAAUCUAAGGGAGAAGGAGCGCAUGGCGGCGCUGGUCGCAGAGGAGCAGCGGAAGAUUCUGCACCAGCGGAAGAAUGAAGAGGAUGCGGCGAGGUUGUACGAGAACACUGCCCAGUUUGCGCAGCAAAGUCCUGGGAAGCAGGCCAGCAAGGAGGGCAACUCGAAGAUCUCCGGCCGACGGUCCAGCUUCAACUUCUCCCGAAAGCCGGUCAAAAUCCGCCCCGAGGUGGAGAACCUGCCGGUCGCCUGUGAGGGCUUCCUCGAGCGGAAGCAGAUCUUCUCGGCGGGCGGGAAGAAGGCGACCAGUCGCAGCUGGAAGACCUACUACACCGUCCUCUGCGGGCAGCUGCUGUGCUUCUUCAAGGACAAGAACGCCUUCUACGGCAACUCCGCCGCCAGUCCGCCCUUCUCCAUCCACGACGCCCGCUGCCUGGAGGUGGCCGACUACCGCAAGCGAAAGCACGUCUUUAGCAUUCAACUGACCGACAUGACCAAGUUCUACUUUGCCGCCAGUGACGCCGGUAAGCUGCGCGACUGGCACAACAAAAUCUCCUAUCGGGCGCUGCUGCCCCCUUCCAAGCAGCUGCUCAACGUGGGAGACCUGCAAGCGGCGGCGGCGGCGGAGAUGACCGGCGAUGAUGGACUUAAUAAGAGUAGUCCAGAGAAGGGCGGUCAUGCGGACGCCCUGGACGGCUCCACCGGCUCCAGCUCCAGUCGGAAGUCGUCGCUCUCUUCGCCCUCUCACCACCACCACCACCAGCAACAACAACAUCAUCACCAUCACAAUCACCCUCAUUCCUCCACUGCAACUCACUCGCAGAGUAGCCUGACGGGCAGCAGCAGUGGUGGAAAGGCGGCGACGCUGGAGAGGCCUAGUUACAGUAAUGGUCAUCAUCAGAAUCACUACCAGAACCACUCGGCCGAUCAGCUGGAUCAGCACGGCCAGCAGCAGCAGCAGCAUCGAAUGAGUGCGCCUGCAGAGCAAACGUACGCCAAUGGAGCUAACAAUUCCGUUGAGCACAUUCCCGAGCCAGGACAGACGGAGAUGGGUCUCUAUGACUCCGCCACCUACCAGAACGUUCCCGUGAAGACCAGCAAGUACCGCAGUCUGCCGCCCAACGUCUCACCGCCCACCAGUGGACAGGAGCAGCUGCNCGUACGCCAAUGGAGCUAA